AUGUUAGCAGACCAUUUUCAAUUUACGCACUUUUCUGUAGAUGCCAACAAAUCCGCCCUCUCCGUCCUUUCCAACUCUGAUGGCACUCGGAAGGUCAAGCACUACCGGAUUACAAAAGACACAGCCAAAAAUGAACUCAAGAUUUCUUCCUCAAAGUCUUUCCUCUCUCUCGACCAGUUAUUACGGUAUUACAAAGAAGAAGUCAACGGACACCGCCGCCUCCUCUCCCACCCAUUGCCGAAACCCCCACCGCCAGCUUUGCAGGCUCGCGAAUUUUCAAUAAAUCGCAGUCAAGUGGAGUUAGGCAGCCGGAUUGACAGAGGCAGUUUCGGUCGGACCUAUAUGGCUACCUAUCGAUCCUGUGAGGUCAUUGCAAAACGUGCCAGUUCUAGUAUAUGUCGACAAACUCUACUGGAGGUGGCAGAAGCAAUGGACUACCUCGAAAAUGCUCGGAGCUUUCAUGGCGAUCUGCGUGCCGCAAACGUCUUCUUCACUGCCGACUUCACUGUGAAGGUCGGAAAUUUCGGUCUGAACAAAAUACUCAACGAUAAUGAGACCAACAAGCAGAGUCGAAUGUACACGCUUAGGUGGGCCGCGCCAGAAACAGUCAAAACAGGCUACGUCUGCUCAAUAAAGGCUGAUGUUUGGUCCUUCGGAGUCCUGGCAUUUGAAGUUUUUACGUUCGCCUCGGAGCCCUAUGCCGAGAAUUUGUUUUUUAUGCUUCGGGAACGUUUUAUGCGUGACAACAGUAUCGGUGAUGUGAUUAAGGCGCCAUCGAAGGCCUCUCGUUAG